UUUCAUGUGCCAAAAAGCCAGUGAUGUGAUUAGACCAAAACAACAUCUGCAAAAAGUUUGCAAAAUUUCGGUUGAUGCGAAAAAAGUCGCUAGUAUUAUUAAUUAUACACCUAACAAAUAUUUAAUCCAUGUGAAAUGUCGUUAGCAUAAGAUUCUUUACUGAAGUAACUAUACGUUUAAGCGGGUGUAAUCUUAAAUCAAGGCCUUAGAUGUGCAACUAAUAAAACAAAACAGUAAAAUACGUGUAUUGAAUAAGUUCAUUACCCAACGUCUCGUAGCUAGCUGGCAAUGCCGAGUACUCUUCUAUUUGCUAACAGCAAUGAGGGCCGAGUGUACGCCCUAUCAACUGCCGGGUCAGCCUGGCGGGAGUUUCUUUAUCUAGGACUAGAGUUCAAACGAAUUUCAGUGGUUCCACACUUUAUGUGGGCCAUUGGCGGUGAUCGACAAGUGUACGUCCAUGUGCACGGCUUGGACAUUCCAAUACGAAUUAAGGAAGAAACAUACGAAAAUGAGCGAUGGCUCCCAAUUGAAGGGUUUUCCAGCAGAUUGCUUCCCACCGAUCGUUAUCAUUUUUCGAAUGCCGACGGAACGGUAGAUAGAAACAUUGAUAAGAUUCGAUUACCCUCAAUGGCUUGGCAAUGGGAAGGUGAAUGGCAACUUGAUCUCAGUUUAGACGGACAACCGUUGGAUCAUGACGGUUGGACAUAUGCCAUUGAUUUUCCAUCUACCUAUCACCCGCAGAAAAAUUGGAAAUCAUGUGUGAGACGACGGAAGUGGGUACGUUUUCGAAGAUACUGUGCAUUGAAUUCUUGGUGCGCAGUAGCACCGUUGCACAAAGAUCCCACCCAAGAGCCAUUUAUAGAUGUAGCAAUUAAUGGAACUAAUGUCCCUGGAGCAGCACCUGGUCUUUUGCUUGUUUGGGCAGUUACGGCUCAUGGAAGGAUUAUGUUUAGAACGGGGGUAAGCACUACGGCACCGGAAGGUCUACGCUGGACGUCAGUUACGACACCAUCCGGAUGUGAAGUAGCACAAAUAGCUGUUGGGCCCACGGGUUUAGUUUGGGCCUCGUUAUACAAUGGAAGAGCUAUAGUGCGAACCGGAGUUACGCGGGAUUCUCCAAUGGGUACCACUUGGUUGGAGGUAAAACCGCCUGGACCGAAUUUGAAAAUAAUUCAGGUGUCGGUAGGAACUAAUUCUGUUUGGUGUGUGACUAACGAUAACCAUGUUUGGUUUCGAAGAGGAGUUCAUGGAGAAGCGUCCGGCAUUAGUGAAGAUGCAGCUAUUGGCAGUGGUUGGGUCGAGAUGGUUGGAAAUAUUUCGUAUAUUUCGGUUGCUCCAAAUGAUCAGGUUUUUGCCGUUGGAUCUGAAGAUCGAGCACUUUACUUUCGCUCUGGAGUAUCUAGCUCGGAUCUAACAGGGAAAAAAUGGCGCCUAAUACAACUUCCCCUGCAGAUGAGUCGUACUUCUAGCAACUUUUCUCUUUCCAGUCGUCGGAGUGGAAGUGAAUCUCCUUCAACCAAACAUCGCAGCUUGAACAGUUUAUAUAAAGAAAAAUUGCAACAAGAAAAUUGCUCUCUUGUAGAGAAUAGCGAUGAAACGUCCCGAUCCGCGCCAACUAUUAAUCCAAAGAAUCGCCCGGAACUGUGGCACAAGCCUGAAGUUUCCCCCGAUGCAGUCGCCACUGCAACCAAGUUAGAAUCGCAGCACGUCGGAAGCUUGGUUGAGAAAAAAGUGACCAGAAAUUUGUCCAGUGAAACAGUCGUUGCUUCCAGCGCUCCGUUGAAUGAGGUUUACGAAAUUUCUGGAAAACAGUUAAAAAAUUCUCGUGCAUGGAGCCCAGUUCGAAGUGUCGGAUCGGUUGUUGGAACCGAAGCACAUCCGGAGUCUGAUUCGAGUGUUUUUGAAGGAGAAAGUUCCAGGGACUCGGGCGUUUUCGGAGAAUAUGAAGAUCACGGAGGAUCACAAAACUGGGCUGAAUGUGAAGUGCUAUGGAUCGGCUGUGCGGCUGGUGCCGUCUGUGUGGACCCAACUCAGUUGCCUAGCUGGUUCAAUGACGCAUUUGCGAAUGCGACUCAGGAGGAACUUGCUCAACCGUGGCGUUUGAAAAUCCUGGAUGAUUUGAAACAGCGACCUCCCGGCCCAUUAGAGAGCAGUGAAUUUGCAGUUUACGAGAAAGCUAUAGAAAUGUCAUCAUGGGUAAAAUCGGGUGAAGCUCGGGCAGCCAAGUCGGGGCACCCUUUCGAGGACUGUCUGAUUGAGUUGGAAUGGGUUAAUAAUCAGGGUUCUGGUCCGGACUCUGGAACAUUAACUAUUUUGAAUCCUGAUGGCAUAACUACAAAGAUGCAAUUCUCUCUUUCGGAAAUAACGUGCAUCAUGUGCUGCAGUGAGCCUGGUUCGCCCAGGUUAGCUAUUCAUGCCCCUCGAUUACCGCCCGGAUCAUCCCCGAUCAAGGUGCAGUUCAGUGGAGACACUGAUCUGGAAGACUGGAUAUCUCAUCUAACUUCUGUGUGCUGCCAAAUAAACGAGGUUCACGGUAAACCGUCGUCUCGUUCGAUGUGGAUCACUUCCAACAUGGGUGAUGUUUUUGUGUUCGACCCAACUAACCUGGAAGCCUCACAAUGGCAACCAGAGGACGGUAUCUUCCAACAAAAAAUUGACGUUUCGGCUGCCGAAACGCCAUAUUUAACAUCUCUGUAUAAUGGGAUGACUAGAGGAUCACGUCUGGUGAUAUCAGGUUUUGUGUACGACGAUGCUGAUCAAAUUCGAUUCGACCUGCAAAGCCAUCCGACAGUUCGAUUAAGACACAAGAUGGAAUCACAGAGAAAUAUUCCACUGCACGUAAAUCCACGUUUCAACGAAAAAAUUACCGUAUUUAACUCGAUGGAAGCAUCCCACUGGAACGAGGAUGAAAUAAGAAAUAGGGAUAUGCUGUUUUCGCCAGGAGCGGAGUUCAAACUCGAAAUAAGAACUGAUCGCGAUGGUUUCUCCAUUACCGUUAACAACCAGAACUACCCGAAGUUCAAGUAUCGAAAUGGGCUGACCCCGGAUGCUAUUUAUAGCUUGUACAGCAGUGGUCGUGUUAAGAUUUUGAAUAUUGUUUAUGAGAGCCCCAAGUUGAUAUUGCCAUUGCGAGAUGUUUUCUGGCGUCAGAUCGGAGGGCAUCUACGUCGGGUUCAGCCGUGUAAAGCGGGAGUCGUAUGGGGUAUCGGGUAUGACAAUACAGCAUGGGUUUAUACUGGCGGUUGGGGUGGAGCUUUUCUUAAGGGCUUGGAGACGAGUAAUCAAGGGAUUAACACAAUGACAGAUACCCAUAAUUAUUACAUUUAUGAGAACCAACGGUGGAAUCCACUAUCAGGUUUUUCAACGACAGGUUUACCAACGGAUCGACAUAUGUGGAGUGAUGUUACGGGUAAACAUAAGCGAAGCAAGGAACACACCAAACUAUUGUCCAUGCACUGGCAGUGGGUGAUCGAUUGGUUGGUAGACUUUCAUAAUCCAGGUGGUGUCGAUCGUGAUGGAUGGCAAUAUGCAGUUGAUUUCCCAGCCAGUUACCAUGCAAAAAAGCAGUUCACAGAUUAUGUUCGUCGAAGACGCUGGUACAGAAAAUGUCGUCUUACAACAACCGGACCAUGGCAGGAGGUUGGCAACGCUAAAAUCAUGGAUGUAUCGCUGCAACCAGAUAGUGAUGAAAUAGAUUGCAGUAUUACAGUGUGGGCAGUUGCCGCAAACGGAGAUGUACUCUACCGUAGAGGCGUAAGUCAGUCACAACCUGCGGGCACUGGGUGGGAGCACGUAGCUUGUGAUCAGCCAUUAGUAAGCAUAAGUUGUUAUGUGAAUAAGGUAUGGGCAAUCGGUAAGAAUGGCUCCGCAUUCUGGCGUUGUGGAAUCUCUAGUGAGAAUCCGCUCGGAAGUAAAUGGCAGCCUGUCGAACCGCCAGGUGGAGUCACAUUCAAACAGAUUUCGGUCGGAAAGGCAGGCAUUUGGACGGUUGACACGGCGGGUCGAUUAUCGGUGCGGAAGGAAUUUACCCCCACAUUCCCCGAGGGUAGUCACUGGCAGCUGCUAUCCAAUAUACAGAACGAUCCCCCUCAUUACGAAGGGAACGUUGGAUUUAAAAAUGUUUCUGUUGGAGAACAUGUUUACGCCGUAUCUCAAUCGGGAUAUAUUUGUAAGAGAAGUGGAAUAAGUGCAGAGAAUCCCGCUGGGACCGGAUGGGAUCUGGGGAUACAGGGAAACUGGCACUACGUGUGCGUAAACGGAUUCCUCAAUUAAAAGUGAAAACCAAAGAAAGAGGAAUUUGUGUCCAAGUGUUCUCAUCUAAUAUGUGUUAUUAUGUUGGUCGAACAAAUUAUCGUAUUUAUAUUCGUAUCCACUUUUAUGCUACGAUCUGCAUAUAAUUAGUUAUAUCACGCACGUGUAACAAAGGUUUGAACUAUGAGAAAGAUUGAAGUUGGGCAUGAUAAUGUGAAAUAAACGAUUCUUGCGUGACAUAGCUAAUGGAUUGCAUCCUAAAUCUAAAAAUAUGCUUUCGUAUAUUCGUCUACUAGCUAACAACGUGGAAUGCCUAGAAUCUAAAUUUGUUACAUCAGUGCCAUAUAAAUCACUUACUGUUUUCAAUAAAUGAGAGUCGUAGGUGUAA